CGGAGGUAGAGUUGGAUAGCAAAUUGUAAGUUUGGGAAAGGCAGCGGGAGUGGAAGAUAUUUAUGGUGAGUCUGAGGGCUUGGAGGCAGAGAAGAGAUAGAGAUGGAAAUAGAGAGGCUAAGAAGAAAUGCAGAGGCGCUGGUUGAGAAGACCAUGAAAGGGAACGAUGCUUCUCAUGAUGCUGCUCAUGUUUGGAGAGUUCGUGAUCUUGCUCUCUCCCUUGCCAAAGAGGAAGGCCUCUCUUCCAAUCCCCACUCCAUGGAAAUUGUUGAGCUUGCUGCGCUUCUCCAUGACAUAGCUGACUACAAAUACCUCAGGGACCCAUCUGAGGAAAAAAUUGUUGAGAAUUUUCUCGAUGAAGAGGGAGUUCAGGAGGACAACAAGUUCAAAAUUUUGAAGAUCAUCAAAGGAAUGGGUUUCAAGGAAGAAGUGUCAGGAAGUGGAAAUAGUGAAGGGUUUCCAGAAUUUGGAGUUGUGCAAGAUGCUGAUCGACUUGAUGCUAUUGGUGCUAUAGGAAUUGCACGUUGUUUCACCUUUGGUGGGAGUAGGAAGAGGUUGCUGCAUGAUCCAGCCAUUCUACCACGAUCUGAUUUGUCCAGGCAGCAAUACAUGAACAAAGAGGAACAAACUACUAUUAAUCAUUUUCAUGAGAAGCUUCUCAAGCUCAAAGAUAUGAUGAAAACCAAGGCUGGGAAAAGGAGGGCUGAGAGAAGGCAUAAGUUCAUGGAGGAGUUUGUGAAAGAGUUCUACGACGAAUGGAAUGGUUUAAGCUAAUAAACCAUUCCACAACUUAUGGAUGCUAGACUAUAUUGUGAGCUUGUUAUCUGUUAUUUCUUUUCCUCCUCACCCGUAGAGGUUACAUAUAUUGUCACUGGUUAUACAAUUCUUCCCAGGAUCGUCCGCGUAAGCACAAUGUUUUGCUGAUAAAUUACAAUGUACAUGUGAGUCGUAGUUCCCAGUAUCAGUAUUCAGUAGUAAUGGUUCCAACUUCGUUUCUACUUAAUAAACUUGUUGUCUGAUCGUGCAAUGAGAUUUUUUGGAUGCAAAUUAUAUGUACAGUAGUACUUAUGUUAUGGAUUUCAAGUAUGUUAAGAAACAAGAUAUCUUGUCUAA